CCCUAGGGAGAGAGACCACCCCGCCCCUCCCCGCCGAUGGGGAGAUUCCGCGGCCUGCUGCUGGUGGCGGGCCUGCUCUCGGCGCUGCUCCCGGCGGUCGUCGCCGCCGUCGGGCCGCAGCCGGGGGCGCCGUGCGAGCCCACGCUGCUCGCGGCGCAGGUGGCCCUCUUCUGCGCGCCCGGCAUGGCGACCGCGCAGUGCUGCGACCCCGUCGUCUUCGCCGUCGACCUCGGGGGAGGCGACCCCUGCCUCUGCCGCGUCGCCGCGGAGCCGCAGCUCGCCAUGGCGGGCCUCGACGCCGACCAUCUCCUCGCGCUCUACAGAUCCUGCGGCGGCCUCCUUCCCGGCGUCGCCCACCUCUCCUCCGCCGCCUGCGAAGGACCCGCUCCCCCGGCCGCCGUCGUCAGCAGCCCCCCACCCCCGCCACCGUCGCCCGCACCUCGCCGCAACCAGGCAGCGCACGACGCACCGCUGCCGCCGCCGCCGUCGAGCGAAAAGCCGUCGUUCCCGCCGCCCCAGCAGCAUGACGGCGCGACCUCCCACACCAUGGCGGUCCCCAUCCAGGCGGCGGCUACCUCCCCGCUGGCGGGGCCGGUGUCUGCAACUCAACGCAAGCAGCCAGCGGGUACCUCUCUUCUGCACUAUAUCAAUAUCGAACUGUGUGCUGGUCAGUGAGUGGUCUUUUGUACUAACGCCCAGUAAUUUUGCGAGUUAUUGGGUAGCAUUUUGUGUCCUUGGCUAGAGGAUCAACUGUACUAGCUAGAACCAUGUUCAUUCGUUGUUUUAAUCCUUGGCUAGAUGAUGCAGCUGAUGUCUU